AAUUCAGUCGUUCAAACACAUUUUAACGGAAAACAACUUAAAGUGCUUUAAUUAAAAUACGGUUAUAAAGAAAUUGACCUCUUAUUAAUUAUAUAUUAAUCAAAAAAUAAUAAAAAUACAACAAAAUGCAGAAAAAUAUUUUGGCUUUAAUCGGUAUUUUUGCCUUGUGUUUAGUGAACAGUGCCAAUGCCAUCAAAUGUUACCAGUGCAAAUCUCUGACCGAUGCCAACUGUGCCAAUGAAAUGAUCGAUGAAACUUCAAAUAUUAGAGUGGUGGAUUGCGACACAGUACCCAAACCCAAUUUAAUGGAACAAUUAAUGCCAGUGACCAAAUGCAACAAAGUUGUUACAAGUGACAAAGCUGGUGUUAUUGUCUCACGUGACUGUCACUUCCAAGUUGUAGGCACAAAAUCUGAUGUUUGCUCUGUUUCCCACAGUCGUGAGGUCGAGAAGUGCCAUAUUUGCAGUGGUGAUUUAUGUAACGCCUCCUCAGCUGGCCGUUUUAUGGCCAUCGGCUUGACUGCCAUUUUAGCUUUAGUCUCUAUGCAUUACGUUUUCUAAAUUAAGUACCACAAUACAAAUUACAAAUUUUAUUUAAUGUUUGAUAUAUUGGUUUUGUAAAUAGCUGUUUUGAAUUUAAAAAUAAAUAAAAUUCCUUAAAAAUACAAAAUAUUUUAAAGAAAAACGAAUAAAAAUCCUUUAAAAUGUA